UUUCACUUUUUAUUUUUUGUCUUGCUAUGAAAGUGUUAUAUGGUUUCUGUCACAAAAUGAUAAUUUUGGCGUUCCAUUUUAUAAAGCAAUUGUUGGCGGAUGGUCCAAUACUAAAUCACAAAUGCGACGAAACAUUUACUCUGAUGCGGUGGAAGACAUUGAAAUAUUGCAAACUGUUGAUGGAGUUGAAAUGAAUUGUAGUGAUGUUAGACAAUUUUGGGUUAGCUGGGAAAAUGGCGAGUUGAAAAUUGGAAGAGGAAGUGUUAAAGACGUAGAAAUCAUCUUAAAUGUAAAACAGGACUGUCCUUAUGACAUAGAGAAUAUUGGCUUAAGUGGUGGACCGUAUGAUGCAUACUGGCUUUUUAACAAAACAACACCUAUUGAACCAGAACAAAAACAGAUAACUACACGUGGCAUUACAAAGUACACAACAAUCAAUGGUUGUCCGCUGUUUCGUAUCAUUUCUACUAUCUAUAAUGUAAGCUUAAUUGAAUGCAUGGCUUUUUGUGCAAAGCUUACUAAUUGCAAUCGUGUACAGUUCACAAGUUUUGACCACAGCUGCACAGGAAUGUCAUCCGAAGCAAGCAGCAAAGGACUUAUUCCAAAUUACCUCAGCGCCAUGUAA